GCGGAAUGAUAACGCGUCGCGUCGCUGCUGUGUGAGAUCAGAAGAUGAGGGACGCUGAGGAGACCUCCAGCUCGCGCCUCGUCCGUUAUUACACACAAACUGACUUUAUAAACGAGGAAACUUUUUCUGUAAUUCAGUUUCUGGUUAAUAACCGCGAUCGACUAUCAGUUGGAGUUGAUUUUCGACCGAUGGUUUGUGUUUGUCGGCUCUCGGAUGGAUUGUGUCGCUGAAGCAGGUGCAUCUCCAUCAUAACAUGAACUUCAGGAGCUGCUGGAUCUCAUCACACACAUGCUGGAAUAUCGCAUGGAUCUUGCUGGGAUCAGAUGGUUUUAAAGCAGUUCAUGAUCUCUGACCUGUAGAGCUCAAACGGCACCAUGCUGGCAUGUCUGCAGAGACAGAACCAACCGGCCCGACACCACCAACAACAGCUGACGUGUGCCGCACAGAUCCUGGACGUGCCGCUCAAUCACAAGAGUGAGCCGAACUCCCAGCGUUACCCGUCCGCAGUGGAGCUGGACGCCUACGCCCAGAGGACGGCCGACAGCCCGCUGUCAAUCAAGAUCUUCCCCUCCAACAUCAGGGUCCCGCAGCACAAACAGAUCAGCAGGACCGUCAACGGCCUGGACACCCGGUUCGGCGCCUGCUCGCACCCGUACGCCAGCGGCUACCAGGGUUUGUUGGCGAUCGUCAAGACUCCCGCCCGCGUGUUGAAGAGCUCAGACGGCAAACGGACCAAACUGUCUCCGAUCCAGAUGGCGGUGGCUCCUUACGCUCUGCCAAGCCACAGACACCGGCAGAAGCCGUAUAGUUUGGGAUCUCACGCCGUUCUCCAACAGAUGAGCCGUCCGUCCAACAUCCAGUCCAGCCCUUCCUUCACAGCCGCGUCCUGCGCCGAAUCCGGGUUCGCGGUCGCUCAGAACGGCCUCGCCUACUCGGGAGCCGUUUUGCCCACUCAAAGCGCGGACGUGGCCGGUUCGGGUUCGGAUUACUGGCAGCACCGCGGUCUACUGCACGUCUACGGCCGCUCGCCCGAGGCCUGCUACAGAUCUCGCCCGCUGGACAAGGUCAUGGCGUCCCCGUUCUUCGCUCCGGCUUGGAACAGCGUUCUGGCCACACCGGACAGCGACUGCUACAACCCUCAAGAGCUGCCCACGGGGCACCCGCACCUCCGGCCUCCGCCGUGGCCGCCCGGGAAGAGCCAGUGCCAGGCGUCGCUCCUCAGCAGCAGCCUGCAGUCUCUGGAGAGCCUCAUCAGCGAGAUCCAUCCGCCCUGCAUCAAGGAGUGCAUGCUGGGACGAGGUUACGACGCCGGCCCGCAGCUUCUCGACCAACAUCUGCCUGUGUUGAGAUAGGACCGGCUGAGAUUUAAAGGGUGGCGUUAAUCCUUACUGUGUUGUUGUUGGAUUUAGGGGCAUUGGAUGCUUUUCUGUGUUCAUGAAGUCAGUCGCUGUGAGGUUCAGAUGAGCUUUUCUGAGGCCUCUUUCACUCAUCCUGCUUCUGCAGUGUGUUUCCUAUCAUACACUACCGUUCAGAAGUCCUGAGAGUCUCUGGAAAAAUACAGUAAAAAUAGUGAAAUAUUUUUACGAUGUAAAUCAGCUGUUUUCUAUGUGAAUAUAUAGUAAAGUGUAAUUUAUUCCUGUGAUCAAAGCUGA